GGGGAGAGGCUGCAGAGCCAGCCAGCUGAGCCACCAUGCGGUGGGUGGGAGCCCCCAGGCUGCUGCGCUGGCCCCCGAGCCCCGGCCCUGCCUGCAGGGUGCUGAUCCUCCUGGGCCUGCUGGGUGGCCCAGCGGCCAUGCCCUCGGGCCCCAAGUGGCCCGAGCCUGUGUUCGGGCGCCUGACCUCCCCUGGCUUCCCCAGGGAGUAUGGGAACCACGAGGAGCGGCGCUGGGCCCUGCGGGUGCCCCCGGGCUUCCGCCUGCGCCUCUACUUCACCCACUUCCACCUGGAGCCCUCCUACCUCUGCGAGUAUGACUUCGUCAAGCUGAGCUCGGGGACCAAGGUGCUGGCCACGCUGUGCGGACAGGAGAGCACGGACACCGAGCAGGCGCCCGGCAACGACACCUUCCACUCCCCAGGCUCCAGCCUGGACGUCACCUUCCGCUCCGACUACUCCAACGAGAAGCCCUUCACGGGUUUCGAGGCCUUCUACGCCGCCGAGGACAUCGAUGAGUGCCGAGAGCCCCCAGGGGAGGAGCCCACCUGUGACCACCACUGCCACAACCACCUGGGGGGCUUCUACUGCUCCUGCCGCGCGGGCUACGUCCUCCACCCGGACAAACGCACCUGCUCAGCCCUCUGCUCGGGCCAGGUCUUCACCAAACGGUCUGGGGAGCUGAGCAGCCCGGAGCACCCGCGGCCCUACCCCAAACGCUCCACCUGCACCUACAGCAUCCGCCUGGAGGAGGGCUUCAGCAUCACCCUGGACUUUGUGGGGUCCUUCGAUGUAGAGAUGCACCCCGAAGCCCCGUGCCCCUACGACUCCCUCACGAUUCAAACCGGCCGGGAGGAAUAUGGCCCUUUCUGUGGGAAGACGUUGCCCCACAGAAUCGAAACAAAGAGCAACACGGUGACCAUCAUCUUUGUCACUGACGAGUCUGGGGACCACACAGGCUGGAAGAUCCACUACAGCAGCACAGCACAGCCAUGUCCUGAUCCGAUGGCACCACCUAAUGGUCACAUUUCACCUGUGCAAACCAAGUACAUCCUCAAAGACAGCAUCUCAGUCUUCUGUGAGACCGGCUAUGAGCUUCUGCAAGGUGCUUUGCCCCUGAAAUCCUUCACUGCAGUCUGUCAGAGAGAUGGAUCUUGGGACCAACCGAUGCCAGAGUGCAGCAUGGUGGACUGUGGCCCUCCUGAGGACCUGCCCAACGGUCGAGUGGAGCACCUCACAGGUCCUGAAGUGACCACCUACAGAGCUGCCAUUCAGUACCACUGCACUGAGACCUUCUAUAUGAUGAAGAGGAACGAUGGUAAAUAUGUGUGUGAGGCUGAUGGAUUCUGGACGAGCUCCAAAGGAGAAAAAUCACUCCCAGCCUGUGAGCCCGUGUGUGGACGAUCAGCCCGGACUACAAGAGGUCGUAUAUACGGAGGGCAAAGUGCACAGCCUGGUGAUUUUCCCUGGCAAGUUCUGCUACUAGGUCAAACUACAGCAGCAGGUGCACUUUUAAAUGACAACUGGAUUCUAACAGCUGCUCACGCUGUGUAUAUGCAAAGAGAAGAGGCAUCUUCCCUGGACAUUCGAAUGGGCGUCCUUAAGAGACUAUCACCUCACUACACACAAGCCUGGGCCGAGGCUGUUUUUAUACAUGAAGGUUACACUCAUGAUGCCGGUUUCGACAAUGAUAUAGCACUGAUUAAAUUGAAGAACAAAGUUGUAAUCAAUAGCAACAUCAUGCCUAUUUGUCUGCCAAGAAAAGAAGCUGAAUUUUUGAUGAGGACAAAUGACACUGGAACUGUAUCUGGAUGGGGAUUAACCCAAAGGGGCUUUCUUGCUAGAAAUCUAAUGUUUGUUGACUUACCAAUUGUUGACCAUCAAAAAUGUACGGCUGCCUAUGAAAAGCAGCGCUAUCCAGGGGGAAGGAUAACUGACAACAUGCUUUGUGCUGGCUUAGAAACCGGAGGCAAGGACAGCUGCAGAGGUGACAGUGGAGGGGCACUAGUAUUUCUAGACAACAAGACAGAGACUUGGUUUGUAGGGGGAUUAGUGUCUUGGGGUUCCAUAAAUUGUGGGGAAGCAGGUCAGUAUGGGGUGUAUACGAAAGUCAUUAACUAUAUUCCCUGGAUUGAGAACAUAAUUAAUAAUUUUUAAUUUGCACGUC